AUGAUUGAAGCCUUGUUUGAGAGUAAUUGCCCGGACCUCAAGCUCAUUGCGCGCGGAAAGGUUCGCGACCUGUACGACGUCGACGCCGAUACUCUCCUCUUCGUGGCCACCGACCGCAUCAGCGCCUACGAUGUGAUUAUGAACUCGCCCAUUGCUGGCAAGGGUAAGAUCCUGACUCAAAUCAGCGUCUUUUGGUUCAAUUACCUCAAGGACAUCGUGCCCAACCACCUGAUCACGGCCAACAUUGACGAGAUGCCCGAGUCUGUGCAAAAGUACCGCUCGCAGCUUAGUGGGCGCAGUCUGCUAGUCAAGAAAGUGACUGUGCUUCCGAUCGAGGCUAUUGUGCGCGGGUACAUUACUGGUUCGGGAUGGAAGGAGUACCAGAAGAAGGGCUCUGUGUGUGAAAUCCAACUUCCCGAGAACCUGCGUGAAUCCCAGCGACUCCCCGAGGCACUCUUCACGCCCAGCACUAAGGCUGAGUACGGCGACCAUGAUGAGAAUAUUCACCCAGACCGGUGCGCGGAAAUCAUCGGGGAGGAGCGCGCCAAGGAGAUGCAGAAGGUGGCUUUGGAGCUGUAUGAGCGGGCGGCGGAGUAUGCUGCUGGGAGGGGUAUUAUUAUUGCGGAUACAAAGUUUGAGUUUGGCGUGGAUGCUCAGGGCAAGAUUAUGCUGAUUGAUGAGGUGCUUACCCCGGACUCGUCGAGGUUCUGGCCAAAGUCUGGGUAUAAGGUGGGAAAGUCCCAGGAUAGCUACGAUAAGCAGUAUUUGCGCGAUUACCUUACCAGCAUUGACUUUGAUAUGAAGUCGCCUAUUGAUUUGCCGCCCACUGUGCUUGACAACACUUUGAAGAAGUACAUCGAGGCAUACGUUAAGCUGACCGGAAACCGCCCUGACCUGAACUGA